AUGGACUGGGAGUGGGGCUUCCUUCCCCUCUGCUCCCUGAAUCCCCCAACUGCUGAAGCCUGCGAGCGCUUUCCUCGCAUUGCUGCGGAGGCACUACAAGGCCCUAUCCGCAAGCGUGCCUUGGACGAGGAGGAUCCGGAUCCUUACGUGGUUGGGAAUAAGCACAAGAUGGGCAGGACCCAUACUUCACGCCCCGAUCUUCCCUCAGCCAGCGCCAACCCACAGGUUGUGGAGCACGCCACCCCGCUGGAGGCAGAGGUUGGCCAGGAGUUCCUGGAGAAACUCUCCUCCCGGGGCCAGAAGAAAAAAGCGCCGGCACCCGAAGCCGGUACGAGCGAUGCUCCUCCUGCCAAGCGCUCCCGGAAGGAAGUUGUUGGCGGGAAACAGGUCACCGCCAAGCAUUACCGGAAGCAGGAAAUGCCGGUUGCUUCCGGCCCUGCGCUCAAGAUUUCCAAGAGCGCCACCGGCAUGAGGCCGGAAGGCUCUGAGGAUGCCACCAGGGCCUCACUUCCUCCUCAACCAAGUCCGAAAAAGAAGAAGGCAUCUGCUUCCUCCCCCUCCAAGUCCGUGCCGGCAAGCUCUUCUCCGGCAAAGGAUGCACCGGAAGCUUCUGCGCCCACCAAGGACGCACCAUCAUCUCCUCCGGCAGCCCCUGCCGGCAAACCAGCUGCCGCCAAGGUUACCGCUCAGCAACUUGCUGCAGUGGUCACUGCGGCGAGCGCUCCCUCUUCCGGCUCGCAGUCACUAGUACUGCACGCCGGCCGCGCCGCCCUUGUGGCCGGAGAAACGGCUCCAGCUCAGCUGGGCCGGAUCACCGAGCUCACCCGCGGAGGAGCCAACCUGGGCCACCUCGCUGAUUACGCUGAAAAGUGGAAUCAAGCGGAUCUGUCCCCAGCGACGCGCGGCCUGGGGAAGGACAAGCUGCCGGUGAUUGAUCCUGCCGGCCCCCGGAGCACUGGGCAACAUUUUGGCCGGCUGCGGCGCGCGGUCAAGGAGUUCGACACCGCUUGGCACGAUGCCAGCGACAACGUGGUGAGCAUGCUGGAUACCCGGAAGCACCUCUUCGAGGAGCUUCUCUGGGAGCACCGGGAGCUUUCUGAGGCCCAUAGCAAGUGCCAAGCUGUUCCGGAAGCCACCGUCGAGGCCCUUACUGCUCAGCUCGCCACGCUCAAAGCUGAAAAGGAGCAGCUUGCCAAGGAGCACCAACAAGCUCUGGAUGCUCAGAGGACUCGCUUCUCCGAGCUGAAGGAACAGCUCAAGGAGGCUGAACUCCGCCACUCGCGAGAGCUCAAGGAGGCCCAGGCUGCUGCUGAGGCUAAGUUGGAUGAAUCCUUGAAGGAGUUCACCAACAAUAGCGCGGUGUUGCGGGCGGAGCUGGAGGAGGAGAGCCGGGCGCGGAAAGAGGCGCAAGACCGGAUCGCCACCCUCACCACGGAUCAGGCCGAAUAUGACCGGUUGGUCAUUCAGGCCGAUACACUGGCCCUCCAGCUCUUCCCGGAUUCCCAGCCCUUUGCGCAAAAGCGGGUAACGGAGCGCAGGGUUGAGCAAUCUCUCAGCAAUCCGGAUGCGCCCUGGGACCCCUAUGAUCAUCUUGUGGCGCUGGCCGCCCGGAUCUCUCAUAUGAGAGCUGUGGACCGGCAUCUAGUUGAGAUGCCGGAGAGGGCCAUGCAAAUUUUCAAGGUGUUGUGGCCUGGGGAAGCCGUUCCGGCAAACCUGACGCUCCUCUCCGAUCGCUUGAGGGAUGCCGGAAGAAGGUUCCGGGAAUGGAAGUGCUCAGCGGCCCGUGCCGGAGCGGAUGCGGCGCUACGCAUCGCCUGCUCUUGGUACGAAGACUUGGAUCUGGACGUUUUCCACAGCCUCCGCGGCGAUGCGCCCACAGAUAAGGAUCCGGUCUUGACCGCCAAGCGCCAGGACCGCGCCUACCGGAUUGCAGACAUUUUACUCAUCGUUUGCUUUUAUCUUGCACUGUGA